GCCCCCUGCACGGUAAAGCUGCGGUUCCCUAGCAUUGAACUCAGUGCAUCCCCCAUGAAUGAACUCCACGGCUCUUGUGCUUUACAAGGAUUAAGAAAUUGCACGGAGUUUUUUUUAUUCCGUCUCCCACCCCCUCUAAUUUUUUAUGCAUUUUUCUUAACUGUCAUGGCGUUUUUUGUGUCCUUGGGAAUAAAUGCGGUGUGGCGAAGGGUUAGCUAACUGAUGCCCGAUCCGAUGCAACAAUUAGCAAGGACUAGAAAAAUAUGAAAAUACAAAAGAAAGACAAACAGAUGUCCACCACCCAGUUACUAAAGCACAGUCAAGCUACAGCCGCAGCUUCUACUGCCACUGACCAAAACGCACAAACUACAUUUCCCAGAGGUCCCCUGGUCUCGGAGGAACACAACAGGGCUCCCGGUGGGCUGGCCAACCACUGCAUGUCCCGCGGCAAACCGGCGGGGUUUGGGGACGCGGGUCGCGGAGCCGGACGCCUCGCCCCCUCCCUCCCGUCCCAGCCGCCGAGCGGCGAAGAGGAGGAUGACGGCGGGGGCGGGGGCGGGGGCGGGGCCCGGGUGAAGAAGAAACGGAAGAAAAAAGACAAGAAGGAGCCGGGCCCUUGGCAGAAAGCGGAGAAGGAGGCGAAACCAAAGAAGAAGAAGGAGCCGAGGGAGGGGAAGGAGCCCCUCCCUCGCAAGUCCAAGGAGCCCAAGAAGGCCCGGAAGCCGCGGGACGCGAAGCCCAAGGCCCCGCGCGACUGCAAGGCCGUGGCGUCCCCUCCCAAACAGCGAGGGCGCAAGGCGAGAGAGCAAGGUCCCGUGGCGCCGGAGAAAAAGAAGAAAGGCAAGCGGAAAUGCGAGGCCUUGCCGGAGGCCGGCGACAGCGACGAGUCGACGUCCCUCUCCGCCCUGGCGACGGGGAACGAGGAGAGCAUGGACGCGCUGGACAGCACGAAGCGGCGAUCUGGCAGGCAGGUGAAGCGCAGGAAGUAUAAUGAGGAUCUGGACUUUAAGGUGGUGGACGACGACGGGGAGACCAUCGCUGUGCUGGGCACUGGGAGGGUCCCGGCUCUCAACUCUGCUACCCUGGCCUGGCAGUCAGAGGAGCCCCCAGAAGACGAGGCCAACAUCAUAGAGAAAAUCCUGUCUGUCCGUGUGAAGAAAGAGACUUCUCCUGGCGAGGCGGAGGAGUCGGAGGAGUUCUACGUCAAAUACAGGAACUUCUCCUACCUGCACUGUAAGUGGGCCACGUUAGAGGAACUGGAGAAGGAUCCGCGCAUCCACCAAAAAAUCAAGCGCUUCAGGAACAAGCAGGCGCAGCUGAAGCACAUUUUCACUGAGCCGGACGAGGAUCUCUUCAACCCGGACUACGUGGAGGUGGACCGGGUGCUGGAGGUGGCCCACACAACGGACACCGAAACGGGAGAGGAGGUGACGCACUACCUGGUGAAGUGGUGCUCGCUGUCCUAUGAGGAGAGCACCUGGGAGCUCCAGGAGGAUGUGGACCCGGGGAAAAUCCGAGAGUUUGAGGAGAUAAAGAAAGUUCCGGAGCUCAAGCAUGUGGAGAGGCCGCUCCCGGAGCAGUGGAAGAAGCUGGAACGCUCGCGGGAUUACAGGAACGGAAACCAGCUGAGAGAGUACCAGCUGGAGGGCAUGAACUGGCUGCUCUUCAACUGGUACAACAGGAAGAACUGCAUCCUGGCGGACGAGAUGGGCCUGGGGAAGACCAUCCAGUCCAUCACCUUCCUGUACGAGAUGUUCUGCAUGGGCCUGAAGGGGCCCUUCCUCAUCAUCGCCCCGCUGUCCACCAUCACCAACUGGGAGCGCGAGUUCCGCACCUGGACCCAGAUCAACGUCAUCGUGUUCCACGGCAGCCAGAUCAGCCGGCAGAUGAUCCUGCAGUACGAGAUGUACCACCGGGACGAGCAGGGCAACCCCGUCUCCGGCAUGUUCAAGUUCCACGGGGUCAUCACCACCUUCGAGAUGAUCAUGGCCGACUGCCCGGAGCUGAAGAAGAUCCAGUGGCGCUGCGUGGUGAUCGACGAGGCCCACCGGCUGAAGAACCGCAACUGCAAGCUGCUGGAGGGCCUCAAGCUCAUGAGCCUGGAGCACAAGGUGCUGUUGACAGGCACUCCCCUGCAGAACUCUGUGGAGGAGCUGUUCAGCUUGCUCAACUUCCUGGAGCCUCUGCAGUUUCCCUCCGAAAUCAGCUUCCUGGAAGAGUUUGGAGACCUGAAGACAGAAGAGCAGGUGAAGAAGCUCCAGGCCAUCCUGAAGCCCAUGAUGCUACGCAGGCUGAAGGACGACGUGGAGAAGAACCUGGCGCCCAAGGAGGAGACCAUCAUCGAGGUGGAGCUCACCAACAUCCAGAAGAAGUACUACCGCGCCAUCCUGGAGAAGAACUUCACCUUCCUGGCCAAGGGAGCCAACCAGCACAACAUGCCCAACCUCAUCAACACCAUGAUGGAGCUUCGCAAGUGCUGCAACCACCCCUACCUGAUCACAGGCGCGGAGGAGAAGAUUCUGGAAAGCUUCCGGAAGACGCACAGCCCCGACGCCUGGGACUUCCAGCUGCAGGCCAUGAUCCAGGCCGCCGGCAAGCUGGUCCUCAUCGACAAGCUGCUCCCCAAGCUGAUCGCCGGCGGUCACAAGGUGCUGAUCUUCUCCCAGAUGGUGCGCUGCCUGGACAUCCUGGAGGACUACCUCAUCCAGAGGAGGUACACGUACGAGCGCAUCGACGGGCGCGUGCGGGGCAACCUGCGCCAGGCCGCCAUCGACCGCUUCUGCAAGCCGGACUCGGACCGCUUCGUCUUCCUGCUCUGCACGCGGGCGGGGGGGCUGGGCAUCAACCUGACCGCCGCCGACACCUGCAUCAUCUUCGACUCGGACUGGAACCCCCAAAACGACCUGCAGGCUCAGGCUCGCUGUCACCGGAUUGGACAAAGCAAGGCGGUAAAGGUGUACCGGCUUAUCACCCGGAACUCCUACGAGAGGGAGAUGUUCGACAAGGCCAGCCUGAAGCUGGGCCUGGACAAGGCCGUGCUGCAGGACAUUAACCGCAAAGGCAGCCUGAAUGGGGUGCAGCAGCUAUCCAAGAUGGAGGUGGAGGACCUGCUGCGUAAGGGCGCGUACGGGGCUCUGAUGGACGAGGAGGACGAGGGCUCCAAGUUCUGCGAGGAGGACAUCGACCAGAUCCUGCAGCGCCGCACGCAGACCAUCACCAUCCAGACCGAGGGGAAAGGUUCCACCUUCGCCAAGGCCAGCUUCGUGUCGUCCGGCAACAGAACGGACAUUUCUCUGGACGACCCAAACUUCUGGCAGAAAUGGGCCAAGAUAGCGGAGCUGGAGAUCGACUCCAAGGCAGAGAAGGAGAGCCUGGUGAUCGACACGCCGCGCGUUCGGAAGCAGACCCGCCACUACAACUCCUUCGAGGACGACGAGCUGAUGGAGUUCAGCGAGCUGGACAGCGACUCCGAGGAGCGGCCGUGUCGCACCCGGCGCCUCAGCGACCGCAACCGCCGAUACCUGCGAGCAGAGUGCUUCCGCGUGGAGAAGAACCUGCUCAUAUUCGGGUGGGGGCGCUGGAAGGACAUCCUGACCCACGGGCGCUUCAAGUGGCACCUGGCGGAGCGGGACAUGGAGCUGCUGUGCCGGGCGCUGCUGGUGUACUGCCUGCGCCACUACAAGGGCGACGACAAGAUCAAGAGCUUCAUCUGGGACCUGAUCACGCCCACCAAGGACGGCCACAACCAGGCCCUGCACAACCACUCCGGCCUGUCUGCCCCGGUGCCUCGUGGGCGGAAGGGGAAGAAGCUGAAGAACCAGCUGUGCCUGCCGGAGCUGAAGAACGCCGACUGGCUGGUGAACUGCAACCCCGAGGUGGUGCUCCAGGACGACAGCUACAAGAAGCACCUAAAGCAGCACUGCAACAAGGUCCUGCUCAGGGUGCGGAUGCUGUACUACCUGAAGGUGGAGGUGCUCGGGGAGACGGCAGACCAGGCCCUGGAGGGAAUCCCUGCCAACAAAUUGGAGGUGACCCUGCCCGAUAUCGACUACGUGGAGAUCCCGGUGAUCUGGUGGGACGCGGAGGCGGACAAGUCUCUCCUCAUAGGCGUCCACAAACACGGUUACGAGCGGUACAACGCCAUGCGAGCCGACCCCAGCCUCUGCUUCCUGGAGCGGGUGGGCAUGCCCGACGUCACCGCGCUGUCGGCGGAGCAGGGCUGCGGCGACGCGGCCGCUGACAUCAUUGCUGACAGCACGUGCAAGAUUGAGGAGGUGAAGGAGGAGCCCGAGGGCAAGCCGGACGCGGGCGGGGAGAGAGAGCUGGCGGAGGAAGAGACUGCAUCCACCAAUGAAGUGCUGGACAAAACUGAAAGCGCAAUUCCGGUGCUGAUUGGCCAGGAGAGCGCGGAGCAGGGGAAGGCCAUGUGGCCGGCGGGCUCCGCCCUCACCGCGCGCCUCCGGCGGCUCAUCACCGCGUACCAGCGCUUCACGCGCCGCGAGCCCAUGCGCCACGACUUCCUGCUGCCCGAGGGGGCGGGGCCGGUGGCCUGGCAGCUGGGGGAGGAGCUGAGGCGGCGCACCAUCGAACCUGACCCCCUCUUCCUGGAGUGGCAGAGGAGGUGGACGCGGCGGGAGCAGGCGGACUUCUACCGCACGGUGUCGUCGUUCGGCGUGGUGUUCGACCCGGAGAAGAAGGCCUUCGACUGGGCGCAGUUCCGCUCGUUCGCGCGGCUGGAGCGGAAGACGGACGAGAGCCUGGAGCGGUACUUCUACAGCUUCGUGUCCAUGUGCCGCACGGCCUGCCGGCUGCCGCCGCGCAAGGACGAAGGGCCCCUGGACCACACCCUGUUCGUGGAGCCCAUCACGGAGGAGCGGGCGGCCCGGACGCUGUACCGCAUCGAGCUCCUGCGCAAGGUGCGGGAGCAGGUGCUGCGGCACCCCCUGCUGGCGGGCCGGCUGCAGCUGUGCCGGCCCAGCCUGUACCUGCCGGUGUGGUGGGAGUGCGGGAAGCACGACCGGGACCUGCUGAUCGGCGCCGCCCGGCACGGCCUCAGCCGCACCGACUACUACAUCCUCAACGACCCGCAGCUGUCCUUCCUGGAGGCCCACCGCAACUACGUGCAGAAGGAGAACCGCGGCGGCGGCGGCUACCACCAUGCCGCCGGCCUGCCGCACCACCACUGCUGCCUGUACGAGGCGGGGCUCAGCCACUGCCACUCCCCCCAGCCCGCCGAGUUCCACCCAGUGUCCGCCCACCACCAGCACCACCACCAAGCACACAUCCACGCCCACGUCCACCCCGCCCCGGCGGAGGCGGCGGCGGUGCCGGACGCGGGCGGGCCCCUGGGGUUGGGCCCCGGGGCCAGGGAGGGCUUCCUGGACUGCGGCUCCCUGGACGAGUCGCUGGAGCUGGCCUCUCUCCAGCACGGGAAGCCCAGCAAGGAGGCGCUCAACGGCUUCCCCUUCAACUCGGCCUCGGGCGGCCAGAGCAUGCUCAACUCGUACGGCGUGCACGGUGAGCUGGGCGGGGACUCCAAGCUGCGCAGCGACGUGCUGGUGGGGGACCAGUACCCCUGCGAGGACACGGGCCUCAUGACCCCCUCCGUGGAGCUGGACGAGCUGCACGCCCCCUGGGAGAGCGCCGACCACGUCUUCACCGAGCCCGACGCCAUCCUGGGCCCGCCCAGCCUGGAGGCGGAGUUCCUGGACUCCGGGCAGCCGGGGGACGGCCUGAGCAUGCCCAGCUCGGACGCGCAGAGCGCCGCCGUGGAGCCGCUGCCGUCCAGCUUCAUGCUGUUCAAGGACAUCGCCGUGGCCGAGCCGGCCGUGGAGCCGGCCGACCUGUCUGUGAGCCCGCCCAGGUUCGCGCCUCCGCCCCUCUCCCUGUCCGACAUCGGCCUCCACCCCCAGGGCGGGGCUGACGAGCGCGAGGAGAAGCUGAGCGACUCCGACGUCACGCACAGCGUCCCGAGCCCAGGGGACGGCGCAGACAGCAUGACCUUCGAGUUCGACAAGGAGGAGCUGUCUCGGGACAGCCAGAGCCUGAUCGAGCCGACUCCGGGGCCUUUGGACUCAGAGAGGCCCUGCGUUGAGUCACGCGAGGAGUCAUGUGACCGACCCUCCGACGAGUCAUGUGACCAACCCUGUGAUGACUCGCGUGAUGAGUCGCGUGACCAACCCAGUGUGGAGUCAUGCGAUCGACCCUGUGUCGAGUCCUGUGACCAGCCCUGUGCUGAGUCAUAUGACCGACCCUGUGCUGAGUCAUGUGACCGACCCUGUGAUGAGUCAUGUGACCAACCUUGCAAUGAGUCAUGCCACAGGCCCUGUGAUGAGUCAUGCCACAGGCCCUGCGAUGAGUCAUGUGGCCGACCCUGUGUUGACUCUUUUGAAGGGCCCUCUGAGUCCAGGGGUGAGAUGACUCUCGGUGGACAUGUUUUCCCCGCUGUUGAUCCCCCGACCCCCUCCCACCUCGCACUGCCUGCGCACCCCAUCCCUCUGGCAGAACCCCCAGCGUCCCCCAGGCCCGAGGAGAUGUCCUCGUUUAAACAGGGGUUCACGUUAGAACCCCUGAGCUCGGACAGCAAGCCUGAUCCCCCAGAGCCAGACAGCACCGUGCCUCCUGAGACGCUGGAGCAGACGGGGAUGCUGGAGGUGAAGGAGGAGGUGAAGGAGGAAAGGCCCAAAACUCCAGCCCUGCUGGUGGAGAGCUAUGGGGAGGAGCCUCGGUUUGCUCCGCCCCUUUCGGUGUGUGACAUGCCCGAAAGCCUAUCGGACGUCCGGGAACCCACCAUCGCCCAGCUCCUGCAGGAGAAAGCCCUGUACUCCUUCUCUGAGUGGCCUAAGGAUCGAGUGAUAAUAAACCGCAUCGACAGCGUCUGCCACGCCAUCCUGAAGGGGAAGUGGCCGUCCACCAAUCAGCAGUACGAGUCGCCCGGCUCCCUCGCCAACACCUGCGUGUCCAACAGCGCCCCCCAGAGGGCGGGCUACGUGCCCGCCAGGGCGCAGCCGACGCAGAGCCUUAGCUUCGGCAUCUCGGCCCCCGCCCCUCACCUGGCCAAGGAGUCCUUGGUGAGCGUGCCUUUCCUCCCGGAGCUGAAGAGAGGCCGGCGGGGAUUCGAAUACGAAGCGGAGGCUCAAGGGAAGCCGUGUCACGCGGGCGAGAAGAUUCCGGUGGGCGUGACCACGCACAGGGGAGGGCCGAUGCUGCUGAACGGCUGGCAGGAGGCGGCCAUGGACCUGUCUAAGGCCGGGGAGAUGGGGAUAGGGGUGGAGCCUGGGAGCGUGGGUCACAUGACCCACCCAGGCCACCCCGCCCAACACAAACUGCCCUCCAUGAGCCCCAUGCAGGGCUCCCUGGGCCUGGACAUGGCCGGCAUCCUGCAGGCCGGCCUCAUCCACCCCGUCACCGGCCAGAUCGUCAACGGCAACCUUCGCCGCGACGACGCGGUCAUGCGCCGGAGGAGGGGGCGACGGAGAAACGUGGAGGGCCCCGACAUGGGUUUCGUCAAGAGCUCGGGCCUACACGUCCCGGAGCAGCAGAGCAGACCCGAGAGCGUCAUCAGCCAGUCGGCGGUGUCUUCCUCCUCCUCAUCCUCGGCGGCGCCGGAGCAGCCGGAGGGCCCGGUGCCGGUCCCGACGCUGGACCGGGAGGCCGCCAGCAAGGGGCUGAUGGAGUGGCUCAGCCAGAACCCCAGAUACAGCAUGGAGGUGCCUGCCUUCGCCCCCUCUCAGAACGUGGGGAUCCUGCACGGCUUCGUCGAGAGGCCCAAACAGAGGAGGCAUCGCUGUAAAGACCCCACCAAGCUGGACGUUAACUCCCUCACCGGAGAGGAGAGGGUGCCGGUGGUCCAUAGGGCCACGGGCCGCAGGCUGGGGGGCGCUAUGGCACCAGCCAUGAAGGAGCUGUCGCGCUGGCUGGAUGCUAACACAGAUUACUGCGUGGCCCCUGACUGGGCAGACAUCGUGAAGCAUUCUGGGUUCCUGCCGGAGGGGAAGUUCACUCGUAUCCUGACGGAGCCCGUGUGCCGUGACGCUGGGCCACGGCGGAGGGGGCGUCGGCCGCGCGGCGACAUGCCCAAGGGCGGGGCCCUGCUGUCGGAGUCGCCCUCAGGCAUGGGGCCGCUCUUCAUGAACGGCCUGAUCGGCAGCAUGGACCUGGUGAGCCUGCAGAACCUGCGGAACGUUCCGGGCAUCCCGCUCACCGGCCUGAUGGGCUUUCCGCACGGCUUCGCCGCCGUGCCCGCCGCCGGCGGCGAGGACGCCAAGAACGGCCUGAGCAUGCUUCCCAUGAUGCUCCACGGCAUGGCGGCCGUCCAGCCGCACAUGUUCAGCGUCGGGGGGCUCGUGAGCCAGCCGGCCACCACCGGCACCCCUUCCUCCGCCUCUUCUACCGUCGCCACGGCGACCGCGGGCACGGCGUCCUCAUCCUCCGUGGGCCCGCCCAGCCCCGCCCACAGGGCCGAGCCCACGCCCAUCUUCUCCUUGGAGGGCAAGGCGGGCGAAGGCCCCGCCGGCAGGAAGGACGGCAGCGGCGGUAACGGUAGCGGUAAGCCCCCCGCGGAGGGGAAGGCCGGGCCGGUCUGCGGCCACGGCGACUCGCCCGUCGUCACGACGACCAGCAGCAGCAGCAGUAGCAGCAGCAGCAGCAACGGCGGGAGCCACCUGGCCUUCAACCCGUUCCUGAUCCCGGGGAUGUCGCACGGACUGCUGUACCCGCACAUGUUCCUCCCGCACGGCGGGAUCAUGGCGCUGCCCGGGAUGCCGCCCACGGACGGCACCGGCAGCCCCAAGAGGAAGAAGAAGAGGGCGCGGGAGGAAGAGGCGGCGGAACCCGGCCCGUGCACGGACAGCGCGCCCCCCCCAAAACCGGACGCCGCCGGCGAGGCGGAGCCCCCCCCGGAGACGGAGACGGGGACGGGGCCGGGGGCCGAGGCGGAGGACAGCGCGGAUCCCGGACCCCAGGGGCCCGCCGGGGAAAGGGAACACGGGGGCACUGAAGAGGAGGGCCCCCCCCCAGAGAAGGGACACGCUCCUGAAAAACUGGCUGAGGAUGAGGAAGAGGGAGACGCAGCAGGGAAGGAAGCAGAACCACAAUAGAUGACGACAGCCCUGCUCUUUUGAACUGUGUGACAGAGUUACCGGUUUGUGAUGUGCAAGUCAAUGAUGUUCAUGUAAGGACUUUUAUUAUCUACUCAUUAAUGUUUAUAGAUCUCCUGCCCACUACCAAACUUGUGAUUAUUAUCAUUGUUAUUAUUAUCAUUGCUAUGAUUAUUAUGCACCACUCCCCUCUCCCGUGAGGAGUAGAAAGAAACACGUAUGCAUAUAUGCAUGUGAACGCACACACCCCCCGUUGUAUCAUGGGAUUCCUGCCAGGACAACCCUGGUGGCGUAGUGUGUCCUGAGUGGAGCUGGGGCCUUUUUACCAGAGGGGGAGUUCGGAAAGCCUUCUCCCAAGUUUGGAAAGUUGCACCUCCCAAGUACUGCUUCACUGUAGUAUGGCCACACACACUACACACACACUACACACACACACACACACACACACACACACAUCACCCCACACACACCCCGCUUAUGGCAUUGACCAGCUCAGGCAGCCACGUAGCACAGGCCUGAAUUGCAGAAGUCGUCGCCGUUUCCCUUGAUGGUGCGAACAGGGUUAUGGGAUUCCUCUCAGACAUGCCUACCUUUUCCUUUCCUUCAGUUCCCAGUUCUCAGUUUAAAGGAACUCUCUCCACGGAAACCCUCUUUAAAGUAUCUUUAACAAAGCAAGUGUCACCCCCCCUACCCACCCCAAAAAGAUCAGCAGCGUAACUGCUGCUAGGAAGUGCUCUCUCUGAGCAGCUCUGUUCAUCCACGGUUGGUUUGUCAUUUUGCUGCUUUUAAGAUUUUUUUUAAGGGCAACUCCGUUAAAUUAUAUGUAAAUACAAAGACGCAACAAUAACGGACAUCUUGAAAAUGCAUUGUUGCAUUACGUCAUACAUCAUGGACUCCAGGUUUUCGUCUCCAGUAAAUACAAAAAAAAGAAAAAAAAAAAUAGCUUAAAUAGCAAAGUGCAAUCGUAGGUUUGUAUGGAAAGUCUUGCGGUCGGUAUGAAUGAGGCCCCCUUUCGUCGAAAGUCUUGGAGUGACCGGUCGCGCCCUCCCGCUAGCCUGCACCCCAGAUCGGGGUUGCGUUUGUGGCCACAGAGGGGUCUGCCCUGCCAGAGUUCUGCCACACCGCUGCACUAACGCGCGAUAAGAGGCUAGGCCUUGAUAACAGACUAGGCCUCAAUAAGAGGCUAGGCCUCAAUAAGAGGCUAGGCCUCGGCGAGGGAGGAGGAGGAGGAGGGAUCGCUCGGCAGACGAAAGGAGGGACGCGUCUGUUCCCAUUCGCUGGCUCCGCGUGGGGAAAAAGGGUUUGUGGUUCGCUCAGCACGAUGAACAGCCACAGCAGAGUGCCUGAUCUCAGAAAUACUCGUCUCAUGUUCCCCGAACGCAUUUCUAAAUGCUGUAUAAUAGAUCAUAUUAUGUUUUUUUUUUAUUUUAUUUUAUAAAUAUAUAUAAAUCUCUGUUGUUUUUUCCAUUUUUUUUUUUUUUUUUUGAGAAAUACACAAGCCCUACUCUUGUGGAUAUUCUAUUAAUCAUAGUGUUACAUUAGAUGGAAGCAAAGCUUCAGUUGUCCCAGAAUUUCACAACAGGGUCUUUUGCUUUUUAGAAUCUCCACUUGUUUUUUUUUGCUUUUAUUGUUUCUCAGUCCAAAUCUUUAAUUUCCAGAUCUUAUAUGUUUUAUCCCCUUUCCGUUUUUUCUUCUUUUUUUUUUUUUUUUGCACAAUCCUGUUGGUGAACGUUUACCUGUAAAUGUAAGUCUCAGACUUUUUCUUUUUUUUCGUGCGUUUGCGUGCAUGCAUGCGCACGUCCGCGCGCGCCCCGCCCGGCGGAGAAGGUGUGUGCGUAAUUCUGUUUGUACAGCCCUUUGUCUUGCUCUCGGUCACCUUUCUCGUUCAAAGAACUGUUGUCGUUGCCUUGUCACAGCGUGUGACUUUAUAAUUUAUUCGUUUUGCUUUGCCAAACUUUCACCAAAUAUGACAUCUUUUUUCUCGUUUUUUUUUUUCUUUCCAAUCUUAGUUUUAUUAAAAGUACAAUUGCCUUAUUUAGUGUUAUAUAUAUGGAUGUCUUUCCACAUCUCCAUAUCAGAAAGUAUAUAAUAAAGUACUUAACUAGUAUAGAGUUUGAUCUUAUCAGAAUUGAAAACUAUUGUCACAAUGGUCUGUUAGAAAUUUCCCUUUAGUUGUAUGCAUACUUUGUUCACAAGUUCCAUCUAUUUGAAAAUAAGAUGCAUUUGGAUCAGUUAAGUUUAAAAAAAACAAAACAAAACAAAAAAAAAAGUGGCACAAACAUCAAAGCCGUUCAAUAUUGAGUCCAGAAUGAUUGAUAGAAUACAGAGAAAAGCUUUUUAAAUAUUCACUUUAAGCACAAACAGUAAAAAGCUCUUGGAUUUUUUAAAUGUAAUUGUAUGUAUAGGUAUUUAUACAUGAAUCUUUGACAGUGCUCAUUAGUUUUGUCUUGCAGAUUUGAUUUUGAUAUUGACAAUCAACCUCUAUCUGAUCCAAUCACACAAGCACCUUCAAGUGGAAAGCUGCCAAUCGCUUUGAGCAAACAUCUGAAGUCCAUCCUUAAAAUGUGCUCACCGUGGAAAUCGCUCAGUGUGUGACACCAAGUGAUUAUGACCAGACAUUUGAGAUCCUUAGUUACAAAUCCUCUCCCGAGAUUACUGAUCAAAAAAAAGCCUGCAAUGAUUAAUCACGAUUUGAACAUAUGAAUACAACUAAAGUGGACACUACAUUUAAUUUAUAGGUCAUCCUAAUGCAAAACUAUAUUCUGCCUGUCAGAUACAUAUUGUCUUGCUAACAUGUUUGACUAUUCUUAAUAUAUAUAUAAAUAUAUAUAUAUAUAUGAAUAUCUAUCUUGAAAUAAGAAAAGCCCUGAAGGUAUUGGGAAUACAGCUCAGCCAGAUGUUAAAGGAAAAGUACGUUUUAUGCCGUACUGUUGACCCAUGUCCAUUUCACAAUAUUCCAUUACUCAUUUGAUGACUUCACACAGAUAAGCAGUGCAUUGAAUGAGUACAGUUAAAAAGUCAAUAUUUAUUCAGUUUCCAUGUCAUGUUGCCAUUUUACUUUUUUUUCUCCUUAAUUUAUCCAAAGUUCAGAUUGUUUUUGGUUCAUUUGUAUUUCAGAUAUAUUUAUUGUACACUUCUGUCACACCCGUGUCAUUUUUUUAAAAAAUAUCUGUAUUCUAACUUAUAAGGAUUCAGAAGGAAAACAUGCAGGAUCCGAACAGACUUUCUGACUGACACAGUUUUCCUCUUUUUUUAUGUUAUGUUUAUUAUUUUUGAUUAUAUUUUUGCCUCCAGUGGAAGCAAGAAUAGUUAAAAAUAUUUAAAUGUACUGAUAACAGAAUUGGCAAAUGUGCCCACCCUGUCUGAGUACACCGCUGCCCGUAUCCAUCUCAUAUGGAGCUGCUAGUUUUACUUCUGCAAAAUAAUAAUAAUCAUUUUAAAUAACCCGAAGGUUUACCUUCGUAAAAGUGCAUAUGACCUGCACUUUUACACUCGUGCUAAGGUUAGCGCGUAAGCCUUCUGAAAGUUAUGGGUUUUUCCAUAACUUCACCUGUGCCCGUUCCUUCGUCUUUGACGGAGCAGCUGGCUUCACGUGCGAGGAGCACUACGAAUUGAAUGAAGUUUGCGCAGGAAGAGACGCGGUAUUCUGCGUGACCGUCGUCCCCGGCGCCUUUGCUUCGCUGAAAAUUCUGACUCGGACUUCGCUUUUUUUCCCCAAAGCGCAUCGAACAUGCUGGCGUGUACUCGGAGGGGGUGACUGCGUGCAUGCUCUGAGGUUCUGUCCCGCGGCCGCUUGCGUUAGAAGGAUAGUUUUAAGCUCAUGCAGUUAAAGGCCAGUGCUCACCAAGUGGAUGUACUGUAAGCUCUUAGUUUCAUCGAACCAAGGGUACUGUAUUUGGGAUCAUAUGCUACAGAAAAAAAAGAAGAAAAAAAAAGAAAAAUGUACUCAGUGUUGGUCUGAAAUCAGCAGCAACAUUUUUACAGCGUUGUGGUUUUAUUUUAUUAUAUUUUGUUGAACUAGCUCCUGUAUUCCCAUGUGGACCAAUCACAUAACUCAGAACAUGGUAUGUGAUCUUUUAUUGUGCAAUAAAAGAUGACUUUCAACUUUC